GCCCGCCUUGUGCACACUGCGCGCUAGUGUUUUCUUCAGGCAAAACAAGUUUCAUUUCAGUAAAAAAGUCUGCUAAUGUUCGACCGAAGGUCGAGGCAUGUCGCACUUCAACUAAGCAAUAAUUAGUUAAGAAGCGCGAAUAUACUGAGUGGUUUCAAAUGUUGACGAUUUGGACAGUGUUCAGCGACACCGGUUGCUACCUUACGGGCGCGAUCUUCCUACAAAAUUCGGUUGUGUUAGUCAUCAACCAAGUAAUAAUGCCCUCCUGAGUUGUAUUUUUGUUUUUUUUUGAGGUGAUGAUUUCAGAAUGCGUGUUGCGCGAUCGGUAAUACUGCGGCCUUCGCCGGGACAGCAUUUUGUUUGCUCAAAACGUUUAACUUUGAUUGGGCUUCUUGGACGAAAAUUAGCAAGCACUUCAGCUGGUGUUAUUACCUCUGAUGGUAUUCCAAGAAAGGGUAGGGUGGCUUCUAUCGAUACCGAAGCAAAAUGUUACGAUGUCGCUAUUAUCGGAGGGGGCAUAGUGGGCAUGGCCACAGCACGUCAGCUGAAGCUGAAUCACCCCAAGCUGGAAAUUGGUGUUCUUGAAAAAGAAUGUGACAUUGCCGAUCACCAGAGCGGAAACAACAGUGGCGUAAUUCAUGCAGGCAUGAACUAUAUGCCAGGCUCGCUUAAGGCACAGCUGUGCGUUCGCGGGCACCGACUGAUGUUAGAUUACUGCAAGAAAAAAGGAAUUCCACAUAAAAUUUGCGGCAAGCUCAUUGUAGCAACUGCCUCUAACCAGAUACAGACACUCGAGCAUCUCUUGGCUAAAGGGGAAAAAAACGGCGUAAAGGACCUUCAAAUAGUGGACUCGAAAGGUAUUGAGGAAAUCGAGCCUAACGCACGAGGCGUCAAGGCAAUCUGGAGUCCGCAUACAGGAAUCGUUAGCUUCCGGGAAGUAACAAAAAGCUACGCCAGGGACUUCACUUCUUUAGGAGGCCAUAUGCACUAUGGUUUUAGGGUAGUCGCUGUUCGGAGCAGCGGAAACGCCAAUAACGAUUUGGUUGUGAAGAGCGGCACUUAUGAGGAGGUCCAUUGUAAGCGUCUGAUUUCGUGCGGCGGUCUCUACUCAGACAAGUUAGCGGAGAUGACAGGUGGCUCAUCCCUACCGAAAGUAGUCCCGUUCCGUGGCGAAUACCUCAUCUUGAAGGAAACUUCCAGCGAUUUAAUAUCCACAAAUAUCUAUCCCGUUCCUGAUCCGAGCUUGCCAUUCCUCGGCGUACACUUCACCCCUCGGAUAGAUGGCCGUGCGAUAAUUGGACCGAAUGCUGUACUUGCCUUUGCCCGGGAGGGCUACAAGUGUACGGAUAUCAACAUUGUCGAACUAGUCGAAUCCCUCAGCUAUCCUGGGCUCCAGAAGAUGGUGGCUAAAUACUUUAUGGCUGGCGUCCAGGAGCUUUACAAGGGAUUCAUUCUAUCGGCACAGGUUGAGGAGCUCCGCAAAUAUGUGCCUAAACUCCAGAUGUCAGACAUCGAACGAGGUCCGGCAGGAGUCAGGGCACAGGCACUCGACCUGGAUGGGAACUUCGUAGAUGACUUCGUUUUCGACACUGGCAAAGGUGAUUUUAGCGGGCGAGCACUUCAUGUACGAAAUGCUCCGUCACCAGCGGCCACCUCGAGUCUAGCCAUUGCCGAGGUUAUAGCAGAGAAGGUCAAGGAGCUAUUUAAGUUAUAGUAAUGGAGUAUAAUAGUUUUUGUUUAUAUUAUUAUUAUAAUUUUAUAUUAAAUAGGCCUGUUGU